UUGCCAUGGCGAUGGCGGGAUGGCGCCGCAGCACUGGGCCCUGCGCUGCUGCCGCUGCCGCCUCUUCCAGGUGCAGCAGGCCAAGCGGAGCGGGAAGUGGAGCUGCAGCGUGUGCGGCCAGCGGCAGGCGGUGCAGAAGCUUUACGGCCAAGGGUCUGCCCUGGACUGUAGGCGCCACGUCCAGAAGCUAAACCUGCUGCAGGGUGAGGCGGAGGAGGCAAUCGGAUGGACAUCUCGGUGCGUAGAAGAUUCUGUAAAUGACAGCAAAAACACAGCAGCCCAACAUGAAGACAGUUUGGUCCAGCAGGAGGGAAGGGCAGAAGUCAGCCGGUGGAGUAAAUAUUUGGACAAGGACAAUGAAGAUCAGGAAGAUGGGGAGGAGGAGGCAGGUACAGAAAGGCAACAGUUCUGUUCCCGGAGGAAGAACACUGCAAAAGAACAAAGGAAACACCAGAAGAGCUUCCUCUCCAGUGAUGCUCAGGAGUAUGCUGAAGAAGAUGAAGUUUCCCAGAUUGCCUACCGAGCCAAAAAGCACAAGAAAUGUUUAGUAGCAGUGCCUGAUCAAGAUGAUGGAGAUGCUGUUUGUGGACACAGCAUGGUUCCUGCUGUCUGUGAGUCCAUAGUGCCUGAGGAGAAUACACCAACCCCAACUGCUUGUACCAAACCCUCGAAGUGGCAAAAAUUUCUCUCCCAUUCUGGUAACUGUAGUGAAAAUGCUGCCAGGAUCACCUUAUCACCACAGGAGGGCGGUGGAAGGUUGGGGCUACACAGCACUACUGCUGCAGAUGCUGGUAUGGCCAGUAGAUGCUCAGAACAGGCCCAAAGAACUCUACCUCCAGGAACAGCUUUUGAAUUUAAGAAGUGUGUUGCUAGCACUGAGCAGCUUAGCUCAAAACUGCCUGGCACCAUGGUGCCCAGCACCGGUUGCUCAGCUGGGGAGGGCGUGUUGUUCAGAGAACCUCAAAGCCAAAUGAUGAGGGCAGGAUCUGGUGUCAUAGACACCACUGCGGGAAGGUGCUGUUCAGAUAGCACGAGGGCAAACACCUUUGUUAACUGUAACACUGGGCCAAAACCUAGCAUAAUUUCUUGUGAACGCCUCUUCUGCACAGGUGAUGAGUUUGAUGAUGAUCUCUGAUAAGCUCAGGCAUGUUUGGCAUUGCUUUCUUGUUCGUCUCUGCAAUGUAGCUGGUAUGCCAAGUACUGAGGCAAGGUUUACUGUAAGCCUUACAGAACUGCACUAUUAAAGCUGUUUACUUGCUGCA